GCGGCGGGGGCGGGCGGGCGCAGGGGGCGGCAGCCGCCUGGCUGGCUGGUGUCGCGCUCGGCUCGGCUCCGGCGGGCGCGCUCGCUCGCUCGGGAACUAUCGGAUUAAACUUGAAUCGAGUGAAAUUACACAAAGGAGCGAAGCGGAGCCGGCGGAGACCCCGAAACUACCCGAGACCCGCGCUGACCCUUCCUCUCCCUCCCCUCCCUUCCACCCCUCCUUCGCCUGCCCGCCCCGGUCAGGGAUCCCCCUCCUCCCCUCUUAGCCCAGCCCCGGUGCGAGCGAGCAACUCCGUGCGUGUGUGUUGUGUGCGUGUGUGUUGUGUGCGAGACCCGCAUCCCGCCUCGCCCCCCCCCGGCCGGCGGCACCAACUCCGGAGCGUGUCCCCUCCUCCUCCCCGGCCCUUCGGCGGAGGGCAGCGAGGGAGCGAGCGGGGGACACCGGUCCCCGACGGCCACGCACCGGCCCGGAGCAGUAACCAGACUUUGCCUGACACUGCGUGGUCCAAAAGAAUUAAGGAAAUAUGGAAUGACAUGAAGGAGAUUAGUUGAGGAUUAAAGGCUUUGAGGACAAAACACCUCACCGAGGUGAAGCACAGACUAACAUUCUGGUUGUAGCUCCAAGGAGCUGCGUGCUGAAAAAAGAUGGCAGAUCCAGGAAUGAUGAGUCUGUUUGGAGAAGAUGGGAAUAUUUUCAGUGAAGGGUUGGAAGGUCUUGGAGAAUGUGGAUAUCCUGAAAAUACAGUGAAUCCUAUGGGUCAGCAAAUGCCCAUGGAUCAAGGAUUUCCCGCUUUACAGUCAUCUCUUCAUCAUCCUCCUGCAAAUCAAAACCAAGCCAAGUUGACCCAUUUUGAUCACUAUAACCAAUACGAACAGCAGAAAAUGCACCUGAUGGAUCAGCCGAACAGGAUGAUAAGCAAUGCCCCUGGGAAUGGUAUAGCGUCUCCUCAUUCGCAGUAUCACAACCCUCCAGUUCCUCAGGUUCCUCACAGCAGCGCUGCUGGUGGUCAGAUGGGAGUCUAUCCCGGCAUGCAGAACGAGAGACACGGGCAGCCCUUCGUAGACAGUGGCUCCAUGUGGGGACCACGGGCAGUUCAAGUGCCAGACCAGAUAAGAGCACCGUACCAGCAGCAACAGCAGCAGCAGCAGCCACAACCGACACAGCCGCCACAGGCACCCUCCGGACCCCCUGGGCAGGGCCAUCCUCAGCACAUGCAGCAGAUGGGAAACUACAUGGCUCGUGGUGAUUUUUCAAUGCAGCAGCACGGCCAGCCACAGCAGCAGAGGAUGAACCAGUUUUCUCAAGGCCAAGAAGGCCUCAAUCAGGGAAACCCUUUCAUUGCCACCUCAGGACCUGGCCACUUGUCUCAUGUGCCCCAGCAGAAUCCCAGUAUGGCACCUUCCUUGCGACACUCAGUCCAGCAAUUUCACCACCAUCCCCCUACUGCUCUCCAUGGGGAAUCAGUAGCCCACAGUCCCAGAUUCUCCCCUAAUCCUCCCCAGCAGGGUGCUGUUAGGCCGCAAACACUUAAUUUUAGUUCUCGGAGCCAGACGGUACCCUCACCUACUAUAAACAACUCAGGGCAGUAUUCUCGAUAUCCUUACAGUAACCUUAAUCAGGGAUUAGUUAAUAAUACAGGGAUGAAUCAGAAUUUAGGCCUUACAAAUAACACUCCAAUGAAUCAAUCUGUACCAAGAUACCCAAAUGCUGUCGGAUUUCCAUCAAACAGUGGUCAAGGACUAAUGCACCAGCAGCCCAUCCACCCUAGUGGCUCACUUAACCAAAUGAACACGCAAACUAUGCACCCUUCACAGCCUCAGGGAACUUAUGCCUCUCCACCUCCCAUGUCACCUAUGAAAGCAAUGAGUAAUCCAGCAGGUACACCUCCUCCACAGGUUAGACCUGGUAGUGCUGGAAUGCCAAUGGAAGUUGGCAGUUACCCAAAUAUACCCCAUCCUCAGCCGUCACACCAGCCCCCUGGUGCCAUGGGAAUUGGACAAAGGAAUAUGGGCCCCAGAAACAUGCAGCAGAAUCGUCCAUUUAUGGGUAUGUCUUCAACACCACGGGAGAUGGGUGGGCACAUGAGACCAAAUGGUUGUCCAGGUGUUGGCCUUGCAGAUCCACAAGCAAUACAAGAGCGACUAAUAUCUGGCCAGCAGCUUCCUAGUCAACAGCAGUCUUUUCAACAGCAAAUGCCAACCUGUCCUCCCAUGCAGCCUCAUCCAGGGAUACAUCAUCAGUCUUCACCACCCCCACAUCCUCAUCAUCAGCCUUGGGCACAGCUUCACCAGUCACCACAAAACACACCACAAAAAGUGCCUGUCCUUCAGGUAAGCUACUUCCAAUUAGUAGAAAAUGUUUUAAAUGACUGUAAAUGUCUUUCAGGAUACACAAGAACUAUGGUUUCAAAACGUUUGCCCCUGUUCAACUCCCUUGUUUGUUAUUGGUUAUGUGGUUUUUUUGGUGUACGGAGGCUGAAGGUAAAAUGAGGCUCAGGGAUAUUUCUAACAAGCUUACGUAAUUUUUAUAGGAUGACAUGGAUAGACCAAAAUGCAAUACAACAACAGGGCAAGCUGAAUAUUUACUAUUUUCUUCAUGUUGGUUCCUUUGGGGAGAAGAUGAAAAGCACGUGUGAGAAUUGUCAUUUAAAUGAUGAAAUUUUUGUAUUUGCAACUUGGAGAAAGACGUGUGUGUUACAAUGUGUUUGUUUUGGCCAAACCGAGGUAUUUGUUUUUAAAUCCUAAGGGAAUGUUCUGUGGUUUUAAAUUAAAGCUGAAAUUGUUACACGUGAAAAAAAAUUUCUGGCGUGAACUUCUUUAGCACUAAGUAAUGUAACUGAGAAGCGAUGGGGAAACAGUUUUUGCAAGGAGAGGACAAAAAUGUGAAUCAGUCUGAAAUGAAAUCUUAAAGAGAAUGCAAAAGGCUCUGAUUGCCAGGUUUUGAUGGCCAUAUAUUGCUUCCAUGUAAUUUUUCAAUUAAAAGAUAGAACUGUUAAGCUACAGAGGAUCAAGAUGUUUUAACGGUUUUGGCUGCUUGCUAGUAUGUUAAGUUUCAGCUGAAAAAGUGCUUCUUGGAAUCUUCACAUUUGCCAUUGUUUGCCUUUGACUUGGUCAGUCCUAAUUCAAGAAGUUUGAUACCAGAUGAUUCAUCUGUGGCCGAGUGGUGCAGAUAACAAAGGUUUACUAAUUUCAUUUUUUUUUUCUGAUCAGUCGGUAAUUAAUGCCAAGUAGCUCUGCCCAUAAAUAUUUGGAGACAAUUGUUGGAAUGCAGCUGUAAUGACAGGAUGCUACAAUACUCUUAAUAAAUCAUAAAAGCAGCUGUCCCGGGCAGUGUCCCGGGCCCGUGCGCAAAGCAGCUGCUCAGCCGUGCCCUGCGCUGCUGCCUGCCGGCUGCUCCCGUCCGCUGCUCCGCACAGCGUGAGCCGGGAGCCGGCUCUGGGAAUCAGAUGGACGCGCUGCGGAGAGGCAGCUGACAACGAGGGCUACAUGGAGCAGCUCGGCAGCUGGGAUGGGCUUCCACAUUCCCCGUGGAAGAGAGGAGGAGGGGGGGAGCCCUGUGAGGGAGAUUAGGGACUAAGCUGAGCAAGGGGAAAAGUGCACUGUCUUUCUCUGAGGGAGGAGGAAGCUCUCUGGAAGCAUAUCUUCAAGACCAUCUUACUCUUUGCUGCCUACCUCAAAGCUGUUUUGAAAUUUUAGAUGUCUGUGUCAACCCUUCCUCUCCCUGCGUCUCCACGCACAGACUUGGUUUGGAGAACUUAAAUUACAGUUUUUGCAUGCAUUUGGAGUUGUGUGUUCCUAUCUGAGAGAGCGGAUCUUGACAAUGCCUCCUGUUACCAACUAUGUGGGUAAGCAGGAUGAAAAGGAGAGGACUCAAGGCUAUAGGAAAAAAUGAAGAGAAUGAGUGGGUAUUUGGGGAAGGGCGUAAUGACAGCACAGAGAAAUCGGUACAGAAAAGGUAGGAAUGAGAAAAAGAAGU